AUGGCUUCUAUACACAGCACGAACAGCUCACGUAGACUUAUCUGUUGUAUUGGUACGGGUGGAACCAUAGCUUCCGAACCUACAGCAGGUGGAUUAGCACCUACACGCCAAGAUACAUUCUUUCGACGUAUUCGAUCCCAUCCUUCAUUGACAUCACCCACAUCAUUCGAUGACUCCAAUGUAUCAUUUUCAUCUCCUGUACAUGCAGAACUAGUGGGGAAGAACGUCAGAUAUCCGAGAUUGGUAACUCCUGAAUUGGAUGAUCAAGGUCUCAGCGUCGAAUAUGAAAUCUUAGAUUUAGAUAGACAUUUAGAUAGCAGUGAGAUGACGCCUGCUGAGUGGAAUACGAUAGCUUCGUUGGUAUAUGAAAAUUGGGAUAAAUACGAUGGAUUCAUCAUUCUAUCCGGGACAGACACUCUGGCAUACACAGCAGCGAUCCUUUCAUUCUUAUUUCAUUCAGCGGGUAAACCAAUCAUGGUGACCGGAGCUCAAAUCCCGCUUUCUCGACCUCGUUCAGAUGGCUGGACUAACUUGUUAGAUUCCUUGUUCGUUACUGGGACUUUGGAUUUAGCUGGAGUGGGAAUCGUUUUCAAUCAUCAGGUCUUACAAGGUGCUAGAGCUACUAAGACCAGUCCCAAUUUAUUUGGAGCAUUCACAACUCCUUGUGUACCUCCAUUGAUAAACCUGAAUGUCAAGAUCACAUACGACACGGCCCUUUCACUACCACCACGCUCAUCUUCACCACCACCACCUCUAAUCCCCCUCUUAACUACGCCAACCGUACUCUCCAUUCAUAUUUAUCCAGGUAUGACAGGUGAUCUACUAGAAGCUCAAAUAGCGACUUUACCCACAUGUAAAGCUGUGAUCAUAUCGGCAUACGGUUCAGGUAACCUACCUAUAAAUCCUGAAUCAGGUGUAUUACAAAGUUUGAAAAGAAUGGUGGAUAAAGAGAUUCUAGUCGUGGUUAUAAGUCAAUGUGCUAUACCCAAUGUCUACCCUUUGUAUACUCAAGGAAGGACUUUACUCAGUAUAGGUGUAUUACCGGGAUACGACCUGAUGCACGAAGCGGCAUUUGCGAAACUUAUAUGGCUAGUCUCAAGACCCGAUUUGAGCUUCAAGGAAAAACAGGAAUUAUUUGAAACUCCAAUAGUCGGCGAAAUGUCUGUAUAG